UCUGUUUAUGCAUAUGCUAAGUGCUGAAGGAACGCGAAGCGGUGUGGAGUGAGUGAGACUGUGAGAGUGAGAGUGAGAGUGAGUGCGAGUGAGAGAUGGGUCUGCUUACAAACAAAGUAUUGAGACAUGAAAUCAAGCCUGGCGAUCACAUCUACACUUACAGAGCUGUUUUCGCUUACUCUCAUCAUGGGAUUUUUGUUGGGGGAAGCAAGGUUGUGCAUUUCAGACCUGCGCGAAACUUGAAGUCAAUCACCGAGGCAUCUUCAGACCUGGAUGAUCAAACAUCAGACCCAUGUCCAAUCUUUCCCGAUUGCGGAUUCAGGCAGCCAAACAGUGGUGUGGUUCUUUCUUGCCUAGACUGCUUCCUUCGAAAUGGGUCCAUUUACUGUUUUGAGUAUGGUGUUUCACCAUCCGUUUUUCUUACCAAAAUACGGGGAGGCACGUGCACUACUGCAUUAUCUGAUCCACCGGAGACCGUGAUCCAUCGGGCAAUGUAUCUGCUUCAAAAUGGGUUUGGCAACUAUAAUGUGUUUCAGAACAAUUGUGAGGAUUUUGCUUUGUACUGCAGAACUGGCCUAUUGAUAGUGGAUAAGCAAGGGGUUGGAAGAAGUGGCCAAGCUUCUUCCAUUAUCGGUGCCCCGCUGGCUGCAAUGCUUUCUUCUCCACUCAAGUUGUUGAUGCCAAGUCCUGUUGGUGUGGCAACGGUAACAGGAAGACUUGGCCGUGAACUUGGGAUGGCAUUGCCCUGAUCAGAUGCAAGAGGAGGAGGAGGAGGAGGAGGAGGAGGUGGUGGAUCCUGGAGUGGAAACUUCAGACACACAGAUUACCACUGUCAGAUGAUUUGGCCAUUUAUUCAUCCGUAUCUGCCUAGGUUAUGGGACCUUCAUGUUAACCUUAGUGCUAUUGGUUUCUAGUUAUUCAACUUGUGCAUGGAGUGAUGUAACAAUAAUAUAAUAUUCAGUAUUAAUGAAGUAUAAAAUCCGAUGUUUUCCUUUUGAUUGCUCCAAA